AUGACUUACGAUUAUCUUUUUAAAUAUAUCAUGGUAGGAGACCCAGGGGUUGGUAAAACCUCGAUUAUGCUUUAAUUAUUAGGGAAAAGAUUCGGUUAGGAAUAAAAAGAUUUAUUAGGGGAGGAAUUUGGAACAAAAUUUAUAAAAGUUGAUGAUCUUUAAAUAAAAUUACAAGUUUGGGAUGAUUUGUGGUCAUUACGAUAUAAAAGUAUUCCAAUAUCAUUUUAUCGACCAGCUGCUGGAGUUUUAGUUGUUUAUGAUGUAAUAAAGAGAGAGUCCUUUAACAAUGCUUAACUAUGGAUUCAAGAAGUUAAGGAUCAAGGAAGUUAGACGGCGAUUAUUAUUUUGGUUGGCAAUAAAACAGAUUUAGAGUCUAUGAGAUAAGUGACAACAGAGGAAGGAUAGUAAUUGGCUAUGGAAUAAAAUAUUUUGUUUAUUGAGACAAGUGCAAAAACAGGAUACCAUGUUGAUGAUACUUUUUUUAUUAUUACUAAAGAGAUAAUCCAAAAAUUAAAAAGCAACUAAAUCGAUUUGCUCAACAAGAAUUGUGGAAUUUGGAAGGGUAAUAAUGUUUAAAACUAAAUUACAUUACUAAAUUAAGGGGGUAAUAGGAAAUGGUUGGGAGGGUGUUGUUGA